AUGUACACUUACGGACCUAAAUGAGGGCAUUAUUUGUAUAUAUUCCUCAACACACCAGUCUCUCUAGCUCUACAUUUUGAUUCUGUGAAUUUUGAUUCUUCAAUUUUAGGUUAAAAAUCAUGGGCAAAGGUCCAGGUCUUUACUCCGAUAUUGGCAAAAGAGCACGAGACCUGUUGUACAGGGAUUACCAGAGCGACCAGAAGUUCACCAUUACGACCUACUCUCCUACUGGAGUUGCCCUCACAUCAACAGGAACAAAAAAAGGGGAACUGUUUUUGGCUGAUAUCAACGCUCAGUUGAAGCACAAGAAUAUCACGACAGAUGUUAAAGUUGAUACUAGCUCCAAUCUCUUUACCACCAUUACAAUUGACGAAGCUGCUCCUGGAAUAAAGGCCAUAUUGAACUUCAGAGUUCCUGAUCAAAGGUCUGGAAAGUUGGAAGUGCAAUACUUGCAUGAGUAUGCAGGGAUAAGCUCAAGCAUUGGGUUGACAGCUAACCCCAUUGUCAACUUUUCUGGUGUUCUGGGAAAUAAUACACUUGCUUUGGGAUCAGACUUGGCUUUUGACACAAAGGAAGGAGCUUUUACCGAGUGCAAUUUUGGGGCAAGCUUCACAAAUGCUGAUCUGAUUGCUUCUUUGACCUUGAAUGACAAGGGUGACAAACUGAGUGCAUCGUACUACCACACAGUGAGUCCAUUGACCAACACUGCUGUUGGUGCAGAGGUUACCCAUAGCUUCACUACGAAUGAAAAUACCAUCACUGUUGGCACGCAACAUCUGUUGGAUCCAUUGACCACAGUCAAGGCGCGGGUGAACAACUUUGGAAAGGCAAGUGCUCUGCUCCAGCAUGAGUGGCGGCCAAAGUCCCUUAUCACUGUUUCAGCUGAAGUGGACACCAAAUCUAUUGAUAAGAGUGCCAAGUUUGGUUUAGCCUUGGCCCUCAAGCCAUAAGUGGAUGGUUCAGUUUACCCAUAAUUUGGGAGGAAUAAAAUAGAAAUGAGGAGCGUUAUAUCAGUGCUCAAUACUUUUUCUUUCGGCGGGUUAAUUUGGUGGGUUUUUUUUUUUUAUGGAUUUAAAAAAUAAUUAAAGUGGUUGCUUUAACUCAUUUUGGUGGUUCUCAUUGAUCGCUUGUCGAAUCUUAAAUCUAGCAUCUGUUGGCAUCAACUUUGAUUCUGAAAACUUUCUCAAAUCAAUCUUUUAUUUCUUCA